AUCAUUUUUGAAGAUCUUCCUUUUACAAUUAUUGAAGGACGCUUUAAAUCAAUGAUUAAAAAGGCUUUAGGAUUUAAAGUUGUUUCUGCAGAUACAAUUAAACGUGAUAUUUUACAAAAAUAUUCACAAAUCCAUGAUUAUAUUC